CAUCCACGGGGAGGCGGAGGCAGGCUCGGCAGCAGCGGCAGGUGCUCCGGCGGUGCUGCUCUCCCUGGAGCCCGGCAGGCCGACGUGCGGCAGGAUGCUGGAGAUCCAGCUGGACGAUGGCGGCGUUGGAGGGUACCCGGGGGACGAUUACUGCUCGGGCUCGGUGAUGUCGGAGCGGGUGUCAGGCCUGGCCAACAGCAUCUACCGCGAGUUCGAGCGGCUCAUCCACUGCUACGACGAAGAGGUGGUGAAGGAACUGAUGCCGCUGGUGGUGACGGUGCUGGAGAACCUGGACUCGGUGCUCACAGACAACCAGGAGCACGAGGUGGAGCUGGAGCUGCUGCGGGAGGACAACGAGCAGCUGCUCACGCAGUACGAGCGCGAGAAGGCGCUGCGCAAGCAGGCCGAGGAGAAGUUUUUAGAGUUGUUCUGA